UAAAUAGGAGGGAUGAAGCCAGCAGAGAUCAGAUUCUCUCUACAGAGACCUCUACAGCACACAGAUCCAGACAUGGCACCUACAAUCACUGCAGCUCUGACCAACUCUCAGGAACAUCUGACUCUGACUCACAAGCUCAGAAAGCCUCUGGUGGAGAAGUUACGCAGAGAGAGAAUCAACAGCAGCAUUGAGCAGCUCAAGUCUCUCCUGGGUCCAGAGUUCCUCAAACAGCAGCCAGACUCCAAGCUGGAGAAAGCAGACAUCCUGGAGAUGACAGUCUGUGUCCUGACACAGCUGCAGCAGCACAAUCAACAGCAGAGAAGACUGAUGAUGAAGAACUUCAACAAGCUGCAGUCUUCCUCUGAUAAGAACCUGACAGAGGCUGACUUCUCUCCUCUGAGCUCCACGGACCAGAGCAGCAUCACCAAAGACAAGAGUCCAGUCUACAGCGCCCCCUGGAGGCCGUGGUAGACACCUACAGACUGGAGUUACAACCAGACAAAGUGAGACCACCACAGUGGUCAAAGAUUACUGGAAGUGAAUUUAGUGAAAUUGAAGGACUUGUUCUUCUGUAUGAACAGAAGUCUGUAUCUGUGUGUUUGACAUUUCCUGAGGAAAUGACACAAACUCUAUCUUUCAAGUUCAGAAAGAGAACAUCUUGUCAUGCAUGUUGCAUGAAUCCAAUCUGAUUGCAGCAGCAAUUAUUAUUAUACCUCAGUCUACUUCAUGUACUGGUAUUAUAUAAUGUUAUGAUAACAUUUGUUAUUUUAGAUCAUUUUGAUCUUUGACAUGGGAAAUAUUUAAUUUUCCCUCAUAGUUUUGCUUCAUAUCACAAUGUAUGUUGUGAUGUUUUAAUAAUUUUAUCCAAGUUAAUCAGUUCUUUUUUGGACAUGGAUCAUAUUGAUCUUUGACAUGGGAAAUAUCUAAAUGUCCUUUUUUAUGGACAUAAAACUGAUCUGUUCUAAGAUUAAAAUUAAUAUUCCCUAAUAGUUUUACUUCAUAUCACAAUUUAUCUUUUGAUGUGUGAAUAAUUUUGUCCAUGUUAAUCAACUGUUAAUUAUUUGUCCUUUUUUGGACAUGGAUCAUAUUGAUUAUUGACAUGAGAAAUAUCAAAAUGUCUUUUUUUAUGGACAUAAAACUGAUCUGUUGUAAGAUCAAGAUCACUUUUUCUAAAAGUUUUUCUUCAUAUGUUAACUGUGUUAACUGUGAUGUUUGUUACCUCUAAUAGUUUUGAUCAUGUUGAUCAAUUGUUGAGUUAUUGUCCUUUUUUAGGACAUGUUAUCAUUGUUUACUGCAGAUCAUUUGAUGUGAUUAUUGAAACCUGAUCUGUUGCAGAUCAAUAUGUUUGAACUUUUAUUGUAAAAGUUUCACUUUAAUGUCACAGUUUUAUUGUGACAAUAUGACAAGUGUGUUUUUCACUUGUUUUGUAUUGUGUGCAUCACUUUUGUUACAAAAGUUUCCUUGAAAUGUCAGACUGGUCUUGUGAUUAUCUCAACUCGAUCUGUUCUUGGGUCAGUGUUUUUACAAAUGAAUGUUCAUUGACGAAUCUCAUACUGUUUAUGUCUUUUGUAAAGACGAAUGUUCCUCUGUUCACGUUGAGUGCAGUGUGUCUUGGAGAAACUGUAUUUUUUACCAAGUUAUUGUUGUGAUGCAUCAUCACAUCCAUUUGCCAUAAUUCUUUCUAAAUAAAUCAAAUAUAAUCCAAUACUUGCA